CUGAUAAAUCUGUAAAUCUGUUUUAUUGAAUACUCAUGGUAACAAAAGUAUGGUGGAAGCAGUGCUACGAUGGGCACCUUUACAGCGAUUUAGCAGAUAGACCUGUCAAAAUCCCCAGCGAGCUCUUGACGUUGAAACACUGGCUUGCCAAGAUUUGGGAGAGGGGGAUAAUCCAUAGCUGAAAUCGCUGUAUUGUCAACUUUACUAAAACACAUUUAUAUUUAAACGUUCGGGGACUUUCAUCAUGUUUAAGCAAUUCAUUAAACCAAUAUCAAUAAUGACCGUGCGUACUUAAGCAAGUUGAAGACCUUAGUUUAUUUUUAUCAAUCGCGAGCUGGUGCAAAGAUAAGAGUGUACACAAGUAGUCGUAUUAGCAGUAAUCGUAUAUCGACAGACGGGUGUAUAAUAACUAUCGGCACGGUUCGUACAUGACAUCAGUAUGCCGUCGCAUCUCUCGUGAGCAGAAUCAUUUAGUGACCUCAUACCAGUGCAUUGUGUUAUUUGUACAGCUGGACAAGCGCAGCUAAAUUAAGCUACUCUACGGAAAGCUGGCAGCUCGUGCCCACUAUAGACCCUCAUUGUUGGAUCGAUUUGCCAGUCUAGUAAUGGCGACGAUUCCAGUUUAUUCUCCCACAAUCCCCUUUUUGGGCCUAGUACCGGGCGGCCUUCGCCCAGGCAGCAUGAUUAACAUCAGAGGCGUCAUCAAUAACCACGGCGAGCGAUGCCAGAUCAACAUUCAAACGGGGGCCGCCCUAAACCCACGCGACGACGUUGCGCUGCAUAUUAGCAUUCGCCCGAACGAGUAUGCAAUCGUACGAAAUACUUUGCAACGUCAAGUCUGGGGCACAGAAGAACGUCACGGGGGCUGCCCGAUUCAUUACGGACAGCAGUUCACACUGCUGGUGGCGAUCGAGGUUAACUUUUUCAAAAUCGUCAUAAAUGGAAAUCAUUUCUGUACUUUCAACCAUCGAAUGUCCGUACAUUUGGCGAGAUUCAUAUCGAUCAGUGGUGGCUGUGUGAUCAAUUCGAUCACCACUGAGGUGGAGAUCGGUGGUCCCGCGGCGCCACCAUAUCCUGGAACCAUUCCGGGAAUCAAUCCACCACCAUACACACCUCCCAUGGCACCGUACCAACCGCCUCCUCCGCCGCCAGGAGGAAAUAUAGGUUUUGUCCCUGUACCACCGCCGAUGCCGCCACCACCGCCGUACACACCUUCACCCGGUUAUCCCGUUGGCGGCCACGGUCCUCACUAUAAAGGCUUCCAGCAAUAUCCCGGCCAUCGCGGAACUGCUCCUUUUUCGUCGCAUGAAACCACUGCUCCUUCUGCUCCUCCGACCGCCAACUUCGGCCACGAGUCCAGCGAUAAGCCAAAAUCAAUGAUGAACAGUUUGUCCAGCGGGAUCGAACAAACAAAGAAUUUUCUUCAUGAUGCCGUGUUCGGUAAACCAACUACAGCGCCUCCCUACCCUCAGCACGGCCAUGGAACAACUCAGACAGCCCACCAUUCGAUAAAGAAUGUCCACUCCCAACAGGAGAAAAAGUCCAAAAAGUAUCUUAAAUACGCUGCUGGGGCUGCAGCUAUCGGACUUGGAGGCUACGCACUUGGUAAAACGUUGAAGAAACGAAGAAGCAGUAGUAGUAGUAGCAGUGAUUAACUACAUAACUAAAUUUUAUAGUCUGUUAUUAACAUAUUGUUUAUUCUAAUAAAGUUACACAUUGAGUAACUAUAAA